CUGAAAACAAAUAAAUAUCCAAACAAACAUACAUAUAUAUCACAUGGGGCCCAAAAAUUUCAUUCUCUUUCCACUCCAACCCAAAACUGGCGCCCAAACUGAAGCCGGGCCCACCACGCUUUCCACUCCAAACCAAAAUCCCGCCCAAACUGAUCCCUGGCCCACCAGCCACGAACUCGGCUCGCCUUCUGCGCCGGCUUCUACACGGAAGCCCAUCUCCAGCUCAUUUAAGUGAGCCACCACUCUCCUCCAUUGGAUGAAGCCCAAGCACACGUAGCCCAAAAUCUGACCCUAUCAGUAUCUCCUAACAUAAUGGCCUGUUAGGAGACUAACUUUUUCGCCUAGUCCGUCCCUCUCUCUCUCUCCCUCUCUCUUUGGUUGCUGAGAAAGGCAAAGAAAGAAUGGGGAUCAGAUUCAUAUUGAUGGUGAACAAGCAAGGCCAGACUCGUCUUGCCCAGUACUACGAAUGGCUCACCCUCGAAGAACGCCGCGCCAUCGAAGGCGAAAUUGUCCGCAAGUGCCUCGCCCGCAACGAGCAGCAGUGCUCGUUUGUUGAGCAUCGCAAUUACAAGAUCGUGUACAGGAGAUACGCAUCUCUGUUUUUCCUGGUUGGAGUUGACAAUGACGAGAAUGAGCUUGCGAUUCUGGAGUUCAUACAUCUGUUAGUCGAAACCAUGGACCGUCAUUUCGGCAAUGUGUGUGAGCUAGACAUAAUGUUCCAUCUAGAGAAAGCGCAUUUCAUGCUGGAGGAAAUGGUCAUGAAUGGUUGCAUUGUCGAGACGAGCAAAUCCAACAUCCUCAGCCCUAUUCAGUUGAUGGAAAAAACCUCCUAGGCAAGAACAGAUUCUUAAAUUUACAUUAAUUGUCGUCAUCUCUCACUCUGGAUCUGUCACUCGUUUUUCGUAUUUAUGUUGAUAGAGAGACCUAAGAACUUCAUGUCACCAAUCAAAGCUUCUCUGCUUACAGUAAAGAAUGUUCACGCAAGAUGAAACAGUGUAAAAUUGUAACCUGUCUGCGUUAAAUAGAUAACAACGAUAUGUUUCCUUUGUAACUCAACUGUCCUGUUCUGCAGUUUGGCAUCAUCAUGUUCUUGAUUCUGCAUACUGUAAUCUGUUCACCUUUCGCUAAAUGUGUAUUGCCCUUUAAGGAUGAAACCAACUGUUUUACCUGUUAAGGAUUCGUAAGAUUUCAAAUGUUGUCUUUAGUUUGCAGUUAU